AUGGGCGACACUCAACAUGCGGACAAUCAGGAGGAUACAAAUGUCAUUCAGCCACUAGCACAACCACUGAGCACGCCUCACCAGGACCGAAUCGAAAAGGGAGAUACGUCUAACAUUGAGCCAAAGGUACACCAAGGUGUGAAAACUGGCAGCCCCGACCAUGCACAGACACGCGAGGAAGGUGUUCUUGAGACCACGCCGGCUCUGGAGAGAAGUAAAGAUGUGGAGAAGGACGCCGCCUUGAAACAGGAACAGCCAUCAACACCACCAACUAAGCAAUACUCCGUCUUCAGCACGAAUGAGAAGAGGAUCAUCAUCGCGGCAGGGUCGCUCGCGGGCUUCUUCUCGCCUUUGACAGGGGCGAUUUACUUCCCAGCACUGAACACCAUUUCCCAGGCAUUGCACGUGUCGGGCUCAAAGAUCAACUUGACCGUGACGACCUAUUUGAUCCUGCAGGGCGCAGCGCCGAUGGUCAUCGCGGGAUUCUCGGACAGCAUGGGCCGACGACCGGCGUAUGUUUUGUGUUUCACGAUUUAUAUCAUCGCAAAUCUCGCUUUGGGACUCCAGAACAGUUAUGCAGCUCUGCUUAUCCUGCGGUGCAUUCAGAGCGCCGGUACUAGUGGGACAAUAGCUUUGGCUAAUGGACUCGUCGGGGACACGGUGACGUCGGAACAGCGAGGGGAGUUUAUUGCGUUCGCGUCCUUGGGAGGGCUGCUUGGUCCGUCGCUUUCACCGAUUAUUGGAGGACUCAUCAGCCAGAACCUCGAUUGGCAUUGGAUCUUCUGGUUCCUCCUCAUCCUCUCUGGCGUGUUUUGUGUGCCAUUGUUCUUGUUCCUGCCCGAGACAUGUCGCAAAAUUGUUGGGGACGGGUCCAUUCCUCCACCACCUUUGAAUUGGUCCGUUACAGAUGUCAUUCGACACCGGAAGAGGAAGCAGCGAGGUCUGAUAGUCGACGCUGAUGAGCAGGCGGCGCUUCGCAAGAAUUACCGGUUUCGCUUUCCAAAUCCUUUACCUACCCUCUUGAUCUGCGCGGAUCCAGAGUCAUUCAUCGUUCUUGUUGCGGUCGGCCUGAACCUGGCAUGCUUUUACGCCAUCUCGACCGGUGCUGCCUCGUCUUUCAGCGAGGGGUAUGGCUUCAACAACAUCCAGGUUGGACUUUGCUUCAUCCCAAUUGGAGUGGGAGGCAUUGUUGCGGCGUUCACCACAGGCAAGAUUGUCGACUGGAACUACCGAAGACACGCCCGCAAAGACGGUAUUACCAUCGAGAAAGGCGUGCGGCAAGAGCUCACAGAGUUCCCCAUCGAGCGAGCGCGGAUCGAGAUCGCCCUGCCAUUGUUGCUGAUGAAUGGGCUGUUUGUUAUAGGGUACGGGUGGACCCUAGACUACAAAGUCAAUCUGGCAGGACCGGUUAUAUUCUUGUUUUUGCUGGGCUUCUCGUCGAUCGCUUCUUAUCAGGCAUUGAAUGUUUUGAUGACGGACAUCUGGCCGGGCAAGGCGGCAUCCGCGACCGCAGCCAGUAAUUUGAUCCGAUGCGAGCUUGGGGCGGCGGCGUCAGCGGCGAUAGAUCCCAUGAGCGCUGCCAUGGGACGGGGAUGGGCGUACACGACACUGGCGCUGAUCUACAUGUGCUUUGCACCUACCUUGAUUAUCCUCAUGAGACGUGGUAUCGAGAUGCGAAAAGCUCGGAAAAUGCGAGAAGAUAAGAAAAUGGCUCGAAGGCGGGAGAAGAUGGAAGCAGCCAAACAAAGGAAGUAG